AUGUGUUUCCGAACACAAAACCCGGGUGAUCUUCGUACUGCCGUUCGGAGUGCGGAAAAUCCAACCAAGUUUGACCACUUCUGCUCCACCUGUUGGCGAUCCGAGGAGCAGCUCGAGCGCCGAGGAGCUCACAACAGUCACGGUACUCUGGAAGAUCGCGCAGCAAGCCAGGCAACGGGAGGCGGUGGUGGUGGCAGCAGUGCAGCUGCCGCUACCGGCAAUUCGAAAGGGAAGGGGCCCGCCGCGAGGCACCCCUCACCCGCAGCGGUGGCUGCGGCAUUUAGAGAGAAGUUCCCGCAAGCACCAUUAUGUACACCUGUAGAAGGUGUUGAGGCUCGUGCGCGUGUAGCGAUGCACCCAACGGCAGCGACGGCGGCGAUGAGCAGAGCAGCGACGGACGGGGGAGCGGAUAUGGGCGAGCUCCUGCGAGAGGCGGCCAUGGCGGCCUUCGCUACCAUCCACGUGGCCGUCGCUCUCUAUGUGCACGAGGUGAAGACCAACGGAGGAGAAGUGGGAGUCAGGAUGAUUUGCCCAUCGUGCUUGACGAACGAGUUUGUUGAGACUCCAGGAGUGUCGGGGAAUGGCUUCCCCUCCGUGUCUAGUCAGAAGAUACGAGUGGCACACGACAUCCACGGAGUAGUAGUCCACGUCUUCGGGAAGUAUCGGUGUAAGAACCCAGCGUGCGCUUUGAAUGUCCGGAGUGCUCGUAAAUCGGCAGAGAAGGCCGAAAAGAACGGGGGACCGAAGGCUAGCGAGAUCGUGUGGGACGAUGCUGCCGUUACGUCGCACUGCAAGAAUGGCGUCGCGUUCAACACAAUGGAUACUAGGUACAUGCAGUUGCUUCCUGCUGCGGUGGUGGCUAAACUACCGUACCGCUUCUUCAAGCAAAACAUCACGUCAGAAAGGCUGUUGGACAUGGUUUCCGCAACGGAGGGCGAUACGCCGGGUUUCCACCGGCUGCUAGUGGCACGCGACCAGGGACAAGAGCUGAGAGAUAUGCAGAGGUACAUCCGAUUCGCGGAGGAGGAGCAGGCUAGGGAGAGACGGAGUCGACUUGACGGGGAGUUCACCAAGUGGCCAGGAUGGAGAUUCAACCGCGGGACAUUGAUAUCGACACCGUCCGUCGCCGUCUUGAACACCAUCAACAAGGCUGCCCAUCUGCAGGACAGAGACCACAUGCUACGCGAGCUGAUUGCCCAGGUAGCGGGGGAGUUCGUCAACUCAGACGGAACAUUUCGCGCCGCCGGGAAGGUUAUGGAUGAGGCCCAGUGCCUGUAUUUCCUGAUGGGGGAGGAUGCCAAGAUUCUAGGGUACGGAGCCGUCAAGUCAGAGAGCGAGGAGGAGCUCACCCUUCUCUUCCAGAGGUACGCGGACAGGCGGAGGAAGAAGGGGACGUUGCAUGCUCUGCGGUGGCUCUACGACGAUCGCUGUUGCAGAGGUUGUAAAGACGUGACAAAGUACUAUGGGGUCCAAAUCUUCCCCCACGUGGAGCGCGCUCCACUUGCCGAUUCGUUCCACGCAACCCAGAAUCUGGCGGGUGCAACCACUUCGAAGUCGCACGAGCGAAGGGGAGUGUAUGCGAGGGGGGUGGGAGGAUCUGUCCGCAGCAAAUACAAGCCCGACGUAGACGCCGUAGUCGAGUACUUGAUGCGGGAAAACAAGAGGAUGACAAGGGCGGAGGCUGAGCGUAAGGCAAAAUCCAAGUCUAUGAGUCGGUAUGUCCGUACGGUUUCUCGUCCGAUAGAAGAGACGAUAGCUGAGGUUAGCGAGGUGGUGCGCUUGCACGCAAGGCUGGACGCGGAAGGACGGGAGAGGGGCGAGCUGCCGCUGCUGCAACCCGAGUUGCCGCCGGGGAAGAGAGGACCGCGUGGCGCACAGGCAGAGCUGAAUAGCCUCAUCUCUUGCCUCCGAAAGGGAUGCGGGCAAGACCCGUUGCCCGUGGAUAAAAUGUACCUCCACGUUGGCACGGGGAAGAAGACGAAGCUCAAGCGGUACGUCAAGAAAGGAGGCACUGCCAAGAACGAGUCGUUCCACCGUAGCCUGAACGCAAUGACUUCGAGCGUUUCUCGGCUCGGGCCGGGCGUCUGCGAUCAGCGACUGCUGCAACUCGUUUACCGCUUCAACCUCGACAAAGACCGCAAGCUCGGCCGUGCAAGCAAGCACUCCACUUUGUGGGUUUGGAGGGAGCGGGACAUCAACGACGCAGCGAGAAAGUGCCUCGUCGCCGAACCUUUCCCGAAAGCGGGGCCCCGCCCGGAUGUGCAGCAAGAGGACUUGGACGCCGAGCCGAUGGGUUUUGAGUACGCCAAACGUCUGAGGGAAGACCGCUUGGGAGCCUGCCGACAAGCUGCCAUGCAUAUGGUCGGAGUCGGCAGUGGGGCACCGGUGCCGGAAUCUGGUGUGAACAGUCCACCUCUGCGGUUGGCCACGGUACCAGAAACAGCGGUUCAGGGGGGGAGAGAUGCGGGAGGUGGUGAAGGGAGUGGAGCUGGCGCCUCUGGGGUUCACGGUCAGGAUUCCGGGGCGGGUAGUGCUGCAGGUUCUCGGGCGAGUGGUGCUGGGCGGACGAGCGGUGCUUCGAUCGCUGGGGUUGGAGCUCAGGGGUCUGGGGCGGGUAUUGCUGCGGGUGCUCGAGCGAGUAGUGCUGGAAUUGGAGCUCAGGAGUCUGGGGCAGGUAGUGCUGAUGGUGGUCGGGCGAGCAGUGAUACGGCCGAGCACGGCGCCGCCGGGGAGGGCGCCACCGGAAGAGCUUCGGAAAAUCUGGGCGGGGCAAGGAGAAGACCUAUGCGAAAGAAUACGUCGAGGGGCAGCGGUGCUUCACUCCUCAAACCGAAGCAGUGGUGGCUUGCUGGUCUCAGGCGGUGGCUGAAACCAUUGGAGAGGGUGUAA